AUGUCAAUUCUAGAAAGUCGUCUUCUUUUUUCCUUUUCUCUUUCUGAUCUUAUCUACCGAACUCUAUGCCUCGACCCUGAGGUUCUGGAUUUUCAGCUUUCAAACAUCUGUGUCGAACAAAACCUAACUAUGAACAACUGGGGGGAAAAAUACCAAUCUGGCCUGCCGGGACCGCGCCCCACUGAACGGGAAAAUUGGACAGCAGCCGAUUUUUUCGUGAUGACUCCAGCGGCUCCGUUGCACAAUGCUCAGGAAACUGGUUGGCCGAGUCCAAUUUCAACUGAACCUGCCGGGUGCUCAGGAAUGCAAUCGUGGCCGAAUGAUGCGAUUCGGAGCAGAAGAUCAGUUCAGGACUACCAGUACAUCCCAAUUCCUCUUCAAUCUAUGCCAAAUCGUACUUUUGAUGGUAUCAAUUCGUAUGGUGCUGCCAUCAAACAUGAAAUUGUCUCUUUUUCUUGUUUUUCUGGAGCAGUCUCAUCGAACUAUGACCUGGAUAGCAUCCAACCUUCGAGCUUUUAUCUUGGAGCAGCUUAUGAAGCGCUGUUGGAAAACGUCCUGAGCCCGAGCUAUCAGCCUCCAAAUGCCGAAAACAUGAGCUACGGUCAUACGGUAAACGGAAACAAUCUUUUUGCGGAGCAUCACUCACCACAACGUGGAUCUAACAACCCACUGCAACCACCGAUAGCAAUGUCUACCUCAUCAUCGAUGCCUUCCAAGAACACUGUAGCAGAUGUGGUUCAUAGCUGCCGUUGUUCAGAGGCAUCAAAUGAUGAGCAUCUUCAACAAGCGCUACAAAUCAUGCGCCGACCAAAUCCAAUGAAUACCAAUAUCAAACAAAUUAUAUUGGAGUUGUUCAAAACCCUCGGAAAUCUUGGAAUGGAAAAAUUCAGUUCCCGGCUUCUGGAAAUUCCAUAUGUGGCUUUUCGGUUUGAAAUGAAGUUGGACAUGCCUUUUGAAUGUUAUCACAACCGGGAGGACAUCGUCCGGGUGAUAUUCAAUUUUUCACAGUUGCCGAGGUGUAUGAGAAACCAGCUUCUUCGUCAAUCCAACUGCAUUUCAGUCAGCUUUCAACAAACUCAAUCGAACAAGCAGCGACUGAUGGACAACUGGGGAAGCAAAUAUCAAUCUGGCCUUCUGGGUCCGUGCCCCACUGAUCGCCAAGAUUGGACAGCAGCCGAUUUUUUUGUGAUGGCUCCAGCUGGUCCGUUGCUCUAUAUUCAGGAAACCAGCUGGCCGAGUCCGGUAUCCACUGUCCCAUCAAACAUUGAUGACCAGGAUGGCCCAAAGCCUUCGAGCUUCUAUCUUGGAGAAGCUCAUGAUACGCUGUUUGGGGACUUCCUCAGCCAGGUUUCAAAUCGAACGGACAACAUUAUAGCAUUCGGUCCAUCACAGACACUCAUGGGAACGCCUGAAACAUCAUCGACUCCUCCCAAACACUUGAACCAUGACUGUCCUUACUCCGAGACGACGGAUGAUGAACAUCUUCAGGAAGCCCGACGACUCAUGGACACACGCGCUUCGAAGUACACAAAAAUCAAAAAAUUUGGAUCCCGGCUACAAAAAAUCCUUGGAAAUGAUGAAAUGGCGACUUUCAGUUCGCAGAUUCUGGAAAUUCCAAUUGAGGCCUUCCAAAAGCAAAUGGCAUUAGACACGCCCUUCAAAUGUUAUAACGAUCGGCAGAACAUACUCCAGCUCGUGACCAAUUUUUCAAAGUUGCCGACGUGUAUGAGAAAUCAGCUUCUUCGUCAAGCCAAUCCUAUCACAGCAAGUUGCAAAGAAGCAAGCGGCUCAAGCUUGAAGGAAGUUUGGUUUGGAAUGAAACGCUUCCCAAAACAAAAACGAAUGGAUACAGUGAAUGAGGUUCUCAGCGCCGGCAGUGUUAUCUAUAAAAAUUCUGAGGAGAUGUUGAUAAAGGCACUGGCGACAACCCCACAUGAGUGA